AUGGAGAGACUCUCAUCUCAGCCCCCAACUUACGGAAACCUAAUCACCAUUCUCAGCAUUGAUGGAGGUGGUAUCAGAGGGAUCAUCCCUGGCACUAUCCUUGCUUACCUUGAGUCCCAACUUCAGGAGUUGGAUGGUGAGGAUGCAAGACUUGCAGAUUACUUUGACGUGAUUGCAGGAACCAGUACUGGUGGCCUUGUGACUGCCAUGUUAACAGCUCCAGAUGAAAAUAAUCGUCCUAUAUUUGCUGCUAAAGAUAUCAAGCCCUUUUAUGUCGAAAAUUGUCCAAAAUUUUUCCACAGAAAAGGCGAAAGUUGUAAUGGUAGCUUGAAUUGCUGCCAUGGCAGGGGCAUGUUUGCAUCACAUAGAAACAGAUUGAACUUAUUAGCAGGACCCAAGUAUGAUGGGAAGUAUCUUCAUCAAGUUGUAAGGGAGAAACUAGGAGAGACUCGAUUGCAUCAAACCUUAACCAAUGUUGUCAUUCCUACUUUCGAUAUCAAGACUUUGCAGCCAACUGUUUUCUCCACUUAUGAGGCGAAACAGUACCCCUUUCUGAAUGCAAGACUAUCAGACAUAUGCAUUAGCACAUCUGCAGCUCCAACUUAUCUUCCUGCCUACCAUUUUAAUAACAACGAUAAUGAAGGGAACGUUUGGGAAUUCAAUCUUAUUGAUGGUGGUGUUGCAGCAAAUAAUCCGGCUUUAGUUGCCAUAUCCCAGAUAACCAAAGAGGUUUUCAGUGGAAAUUCAGAUUUCUUCCCUAUUAAGCCUAUAGACUACGGACGUUUCCUGGUGAUCUCAAUAGGCACCGGCUCUGCAAAGGCGGAACAGAAAUACACAGUGCGAAAAUGGCGGCCAAAUGGGGUGUUUUGA